GUGAAUCGCGACCGUAUCUCCAAACAGAUUCUCAUUACGGAACCGGCUGUUCCCGUACGCUCUCGUCGCGUGCUGCAUGUUGGUGUCGGUUAACUUUUGACGUUCUGUGAGAAAUUCACGACCAUUUAUUUCAAGUGGUCAUGAGUGUACGAUCUAAAUUUAUAAAUAAAUUACUUAAAUGGAGCACGAAUUGAUUCGUCUAAUUUCGAUUCGUAAGAUUAUUUUCGACGUCUUGCUAUUACUUUGCGUGGGAUUUCCUAUUCUAUUCCUGUACCUUUGGGGCGAUCCCUAUCGCAGGGGGUUCUUCUGUGAUGACGAGAGCAUACGGCACCCUUUCCACAAGUCAUCUGUUCCCUCGUAUUUUUUGUACAUUUUUGGACUUGGGAUGACUACUGUCGUAAUGAUGGUAACGGAAUUUUGCAACUGCUACUUUAGCGACAGAAAGCGAGAAUUUACCAUUCUAGGGCGCAAAUUUCCUUAUUGGGUGUGGAACACGUACUGUGUUGUUGGGGUUUUCUGUUUUGGGGCAGCUUGUUCACAAUUGACAACCGAUGUCAUGAAAUACACUAUCGGUCGUUUAAGGCCGCAUUUUUACACAGUGUGUUUACCAAGUAUAGACUGUAACGAUCCGAAGAACCAUUUUGUGUACCACGAAGAGUUCCAUUGCACGAAUCCUUUGUAUUCAGAUACAAAACGGAUUUUAAAAGAAAUGAGGCUGUCGUUUCCAUCGGGUCAUUCGUCUUUUUCGAUGUAUUCGAUGGUGUAUUUUGCUAUUUACCUGCAAGCUAGGAUGACGUGGGACGGAUCAAAACUAUUGAGGCAUACUCUUCAAUUUAUCGCAAUCACCUCAUCUAUUUACACAGGAAUGACGAGGGUGUCAGAUUAUAAACAUCACUGGAGUGAUGUUCUUUCUGGUUUUCUUAUUGGGGCAAUAACUGCAAUUCUUGUGGCCAAAUAUGUUUCAACAUUAUUUCCAUGUAAUUAUAAAAGAUUUGGUGGCAGCAGGGAUAUAAGUUGCUUUAACAUGAACGGUCGUCAAGCAACAAAUCAGGCUGUUUAAUGUACCUAGUAGACUGUAAGGUGUAAAAUAAUUCUUUUGAUGGUACAAUGUUUUAAUAUUUAUAAUAAUUUAUUUACUUUUUUUCUUACUAUUAGAUCCUUUUAUUGUAUUACUUUCAUUUGUUAUUGUUUUUGUUUAUUUAAGCUUAUUAGUAUCUACAACUAAAUUAAGUUAUAAUUGUAUCAGUAUUUAUUUAUAUGUACAUAUACUUUAUAAUUUAGCGUAGGUAACUGUGCAACUUCGUACUAGCUUAUAUUAGCAAUAAAUUUAUUAUUUAAUUAUUGAAAUCAUAAUAAAAUACUAGUCGUACUUAAUUCUUAACAUGAAUUAGGCAUCUUGGAUUUUAAUCUGGCACA